GGGCGAAGUGAAGUUGGCGGACUUUGGUCUAGCACGGUUGUACAACGCUGAAGACAGAGAGCGAAUGUACACGAAUCGAGUGAUCACUCUGUGGUAUCGACCGCCUGAACUGCUGCUAGGUGAGGCGCGCUAUGGCCCCGCCAUCGAUGUCUGGUCCUGUGGAUGCAUCCUGGGCGAACUCUUUCUCAAGAAACCGCUCUUCCAGGCGAACGUGGAAAUGAUGCUGCUAGAGAUAAUCUCGCGUGUUUGUGGCACUCCCACCCCGGCAGUGUGGCCGAAAGUUGUCGACCUCCCACUCUGGCACACUCUGCGACCGAAGAAGACCCACCGGCGACGACUGAGGGAGGACUUUGCGUUCAUGCCGCAGUCACCCUUGGACCUCUGGAUCGGAUGCUAGAGUUGGACCCCGAGA